AUGUCUCGAGAUGGGUUUUCACCUCAUGCCCUAAGGACUUUGUAUGUGCAGCUGGUCCGCCCUUUGUUGGAGUACUGCUCGCCAGUUUGGUCACCAUACCUGAUAUGCCAUGUUGAUCUUCUCGAGGGUGUACAGAGAAAAUUUCUCCGAGUACUUGGAGUGAGUCUGGGCUUUCGCUACCUUGAAGUACCACUGGAUGAGAUGGAACGUCGGUUUGGACUUCUUCCUCUGAGUUCGAGACGCAAAAUCUUUGAUCUGAUGCUCUUAAGGAAGAUCAUCACAGCCUCGGUCGAUUCACCAGAUUUGCUGAGCAGGGUUGAUUUUCGUUGUGCUCGGGUGGUUCGAUCCAGAGGACUCUUUGAGAGAGCUCAUUGUUCGACACUGUACUCUUACCACAGUGCUCUGCCUCGCCUUCAUCGUCUGGGAAACAGCCUGCCCAGUUACAUCGACCUGAUUCAGUUCUCCGAGAAUCGUCUUAGGAGGGAGCUAACCAACUUCUACUCGUCGGAGGAGCAUGUGCAUGUUUGA